AUGCUGAAAGUUGGUUUCAUUCGGUUUUUACAUACGCGAAAUAUGAGUAUUUUUACUCAGUGUUUAAAUCCCUUAAGUGGGACCAUGACUUGGGAAGAGAAAGAUGAAAAUUAUGAUUAUCAUCAAGAAGUUGCCAGAUCAGCGUUCGCUGAUAUGUUGCAUGAUCAUGAAAGGAAUCAGAAAUAUUAUGUUGCGCUCAAGACUGCGAUUGAAAAAAAACAUCAGGACGGAGAAGAAGCUAAUGUACUCGAUAUUGGCACGGGUACAGGUUUACUGUCGAUGAUGGCUGCUAAAUGUGGGGCAGAUAGCAUAGUAGCUUGCGAGGCUUUCACGCCGAUGGCUAAAUGUGCGAUUAAGAUCAUCCAAGAGAACGGGUUUGAAGAUAAAAUCAAAUUGGUACACGAACGUUCUACGAAAAUGACUGUUGGUAAAGAUUGUGAUAUGGCCAAAAGAGCAAAUAUUUUAGUCACCGAAGUGUUUGAUACUGAACUUAUUGGAGAGGGAGCGAUUUCAACGUUUCGUCAUGCUCACGAAUACCUUCUCGAAGAGAACAGUAUAAUUAUUCCUCACACUGCCACGAUUUGGGCUCAAGUGGUCGAAAGUCCUAAAGUGUGUUCAUGGAACACAGUACAUCCGGUAAAAAAUAGAAAUAAAUGUCUAUUAAAUAUUCCACAUUCGGUGAAGUUCUGUUCUGGAGCAGCUGCUGUACACGAUAUACAAUUAACACAAUUCCCUCAUGACGCAUUUAAGCCUUUAUUACCUCCUCAACCAAUAUUUAGGUUCGAUUUAACUGGUAAAUCGCCUUUGUUGUACGACGAAAAGAAAUGUUUGCACGUGAGACCAAUUGCAAAUGGUACUGCACAUGCUAUUUUUAUGUGGUGGGAUUUAAUCAUGGAUAUAGAUAAUCAGGUUCUGCUGAGUUGCGCACCGGUAUGGGAACAUCCUGACACGAAAGCAUUGCAAGAUAAAGGCCUGAGCCUGGAGGCGAUAGCAGAUAUGAUACCCUGGAGGGAUCACUGGAUGCAAGCUAUCUACUAUUUGCCCAUUGAAACUCCGGUCACUACUAACAAUGAAGUCAGUUUGAUCGGAUAUCACGAUGAAUAUUCGUUGUGGUUUCAGCUGAUAAAUGAAACUAUAAACGAAAUACCAGACUGUGAAAGACCUAUCUGCCAUUGCAAUGUUCACGUAGCUUACUGCAGAACACGCAUAGGGCAAUUGAACGAUCAUGCACGGAACGAGAGAUACAUUAGAGCUUUGGAAAAGAAAGUCACAGGCAAAGUGUGUUUAUGCCUUUCUGACGGUUGUUUGGUGGGCCUCGCGGCUAUUAAAUUAGGAGCGAAAAAAAUUUUUAUCUUAGAGACAAAUUUUUUAUCUAGAAAAUGCAUCGAAUCGUUUGUUCAUACAAAUGGACUUACGGAAAGUGUAGAGAUUAUUGACUCCACUGAUAAUUUACCUCCGGAGGAUUCGAUUAAUUUAAUUCUCGGCGAACCACAUUUUAUUACUUCAAUUUUACCGUGGGAGAAUCUGUAUUUCUGGUACCUGGCUUCAAAGUAUUCGCCGCUGGUACAAAGGAUGCCGAUUGCAGCAACGAUAGUAGGCGUCAUAGUCGAAUUCAAAAAUCUACAUAAAAUACGAGCACCGCUUGGGAUCUGCGAAGGCUUUGAUUUAUCCAUUUUCGACAGACUGAUACAGGUGUCAAGCGAUAAAAGCGAUAGUCCCGUAGAAGCUCAGCCACUAUGGGAAUAUCCUUCCAAAGCGCUGAGUGUGCCCUUCGUGCUUAAGAAAUUCGAUUUAACGCAAAACGUGACCGAACAAGAAACUAUAAGUAUCUCGGAAACUGUACCUAUUUUAUCAAGCGGCAUGUGCAAUGGCGUGGCUCUGUGGAUUGACUGGCAAUUAGAUUCAGAAAUAUCAGUUUCAUCGGGACCGACUGCGGAAGUGAAGCCUGGUGAACGAAUAUCGUGGGACCCAUUUACGAGACAAGGUGUAAUUUUAUUCAGAGACAUAACAGAUGUUACAGAAGAAAGUAUUAUUUCAUGGUCGUUCAGUUUUGUACCACAACACGGAAAUAUCAAAUUCGAUUUUCGUGUACUAUCCGAAAACGUGAAGUAACGCGAACGUUCAUAGAAAUGUAAUUCUAAGUUAAAAAUACUACUUUUCUUUUUGA